GGCCCGGCCCGGCCCGUUCCCCGCCCCUCCGUGCGCGCGGCCCGUCUGCCCUUAUAACGGCGGGGGCGGGGGCGGCGGCACUCGGCCGGCGGCGGCACGCGCAGAUCUUUGAACCCAAACUGAGUCAUCACCACCUUGGUCCAAGAUGCCACCGGCCGUUGGAGGCCCCGUGGGAUACACACCCCCAGAAGGAGGAUGGGGAUGGGCCGUGGUCAUCGGAGCCUUCAUCUCCAUUGGGUUCUCCUAUGCCUUCCCCAAAUCCAUCACUGUGUUCUUCAAAGAGAUUGAGGUCAUCUUCAAUGCAUCCAGCAGCAAGGUCUCCUGGAUCUCCUCCAUCAUGCUGGCUGUUAUGUAUGCAGGAGGGCCCAUCAGCAGUGUCCUGGUGAACAAGUACGGCAGUCGGCCCAUCAUGAUUGCCGGCGGCUGCCUGUCAGGCUGCGGGCUCAUCGCAGCCUCCUUCUGCAACACGGUGGAGGAGCUCUACUUCUGCGUUGGGGUUGUGGGGGGCCUUGGACUCGCCUUUAACUUGAACCCAGCCUUAACCAUGAUCGGCAAGUACUUCUUCAAGAAGCGCCCGCUGGCCAACGGGCUGGCCAUGGCGGGCAGCCCCGUCUUCCUCUCCACGCUGGCUCCUGUCAACCAGCUCUUCUUCGGCAUCUUCGGCUGGCGCGGCAGCUUCCUCAUCCUCGGCGGGCUCCUGCUCAACUGCUGCGUCGCCGGGUCACUGAUGCGGCCCAUAGGCCCCAAACCCGACCAGCUGAAGAAAGAAGCUGCCAAGGACGUGCUGCAGGAGGCCGGGAAGGCCGGGAAGAAGGACGAUGGUGACACCAGCGCAGACCUCAUCGGGGGGAAGGGCAAGAAGGAGAAGAGCACGUUGUUCCAGACCAUCAAUAAGUUCUUGGACCUGUCCCUGUUCACACACAGGGGAUUCCUGCUCUAUCUGUCGGGCAACGUGAUCAUGUUCUUCGGGCUCUUCACCCCUUUGGUCUUCCUCAGCAAUUACGCAAAGAGCAAGAAGAUCGCCAACGAGUCUGCGGCCUUCCUGCUCUCCAUCCUGGCCUUCGUAGACAUGGUGGCCAGGCCUUCCAUGGGACUGGUGGCAAACACCAAGUGGAUCAGACCCAGAGUGCAGUAUUUCUUUGCCAUUUCUGUGAUUUACAAUGGGGUGUGUCACCUCUUGGCCCCCAUGUCCAGCAGCUACGCUGGCUUCUGCAUUUACGCUGGCUUCUUCGGCUUUGCCUUUGGCUGGCUCAGCUCUGUCCUCUUCGAGACCCUGAUGGACCUGGUGGGAGCACAGAGGUUCUCCAGCGCUGUCGGCCUGGUGACCAUCGUGGAGUGCUGCCCUGUGCUUCUGGGGCCCCCUCUGCUAGGGAGGCUCAAUGACAUGUAUGGUGACUACAAGUACACGUAUUGGGCCUGUGGGGUCAUCCUCAUCAUCUCUGGCAUCUACCUCUUCAUCGGGAUGGGCAUCAACUACCGGCUGGUGGCCAAGGAGCAGAAGGCGGCGGAGGAGAAGGCGAAGAGCGAAGGGAAGGAGGAGGAGACCAACAUCGACGAGGCCGAGAAGCAGAAAGAGGCAAACAACGACGUGACCCCCUCGCCCCAGAAAAGCACGGAGGAUGGUGUCAAAGAGGAAGAGAGCCACAUGUGAGGGACGGCUGUGGAGCCCGGGCUGUGGGGCAGUGCCGCUGUGGGGGAGCGGCGGCCGGGACAGUGCUCCGCUGCCGCUGGGCCACCGUGAGAAGUGUUUAAACCAGGUGUUCAUUUUAUUGCUGUUCUGUUGUUGGUUUCUUGGGUGGUUGUUUAUGUUGUUUUUGAUUUCGUAACCAGGCUCUGAAUUGUCUUUCCAUCUGUGUUCAACAAAGGUAACAGGGCUUACACACGCAGUAUCCUCGUGUGUCUUCGGGGGAGGGAAGGGGCUUUUUAUAGUCUGGCUUUUUAACAGUAACAUGAAUGUACUAAUCCGUGCCUUACAGUCUUCAUACCUAGCUGAGUCUGGACGAGCCUUAACUCUAAACCCUGCUUUAGCUCUGUAUUCUGCUCUGGGGGUGGGGGGAUGUUUAUAUGUGCCUGUUCUGGUGAGUUCUGUUGUUAAAAAGCCAUAACAAGCAGGAUACUGGAUUUGUUGAAGCACGAUGGGCUUCAGGGCCAGCCCUGGAUGAAUACUGCUUCACACGCUUCUUACCGCAGGCCCUCUGCGGAGGGGAGGGGGGACCGGGCACGGGGCAGGGAGAAGGGGCCUUUGGCUCCCGUGCCUGGUGCCUCCUGGCUCUGUAGAUGGUCUUUAAGUAUGUUUUGAAAACACUUUAGCUACUGUAGUCCUUUAAAACCUCUCUUUUGUAGCUGUGCUCUCAUGGGUUGGAGAAAGAUGUCUGCGGUUCAUGUUGGGCAGCCUUGAGGGCUCAGGGACUGAGAGUCCCCCCCCUUUUUGCCCUCCAGCUCUGCCCUGGCAGUGCCUCUUCUCAUCCCAUCACUGGGUGAUGCGAAACAAGUGCAGGAGCUCAGUUAUGAGGUGUGUUUCCACCAGAGCAUCCCUGUGCUGAUAAUCACCCCCAGAGAGGUGUGCGUUGGGCGCCUGACCCGGGGCAGAGCGCUGGGGCGGGUGGAGAUGGUACAUCCCUGAGACCAACCCUUGUGCUUUUCCUUUUUCCUCUCUCUUUUAUCUGUUAGAGAAACCUCUUUUACUUGCUUCUGUUCAACUGAGAUCUUAAGGCAGUGGGUGCCUAACCCCUCACAUCUAGGACACGUUACGGGCAGGAGAGAAUUUGUACGUAUUUAUUUUUUAUUUUUUAGUGUUGGAAAAUAUCUCAACGUACGUGGAGCAGACUCGUGGCUCUCAAGUUCUAGCAAAUGUUGAUCAGAAAUGAUGUUAAGAGGCUGAGUUUUUUUUCAAAUAAACUUGUUUUUGAUUUUU